AUGGCUCUCUUCCAUGGUGAUUUAGGGUUCAACGGAAAGAAGCCAUGUUCUUCGUCGGUGUUUCAUCUGCCCGUUGCUGAUUAUCUGAAUACUACAAAAGAAUCCCUUCUGAUGAAGAUGGCGUGGGAGAUGAUGAACCCUGAGUACAAAAAGGGAAUGCAGAGGAAACCUACAUCAGUGAAAAAGAAAGAUCCUAUUAGUAAGACUACUGCUCCUCCUAGUAAGAAAGCUUCUGCAACCACAAGCCUAAGCAAUGCCGAAAGCGAAAAGAAAAAGAGACUUGGUGCAUAUAUCAAUUUGGAUGUCUUGGAUAAGCUAUUUGAUGAUGAGAACUCUCCAAAGCAAAGCAGCAAAGAAGAAUGCCUUUUGGAACCUGAGGGCUCUGAAGAAGAUGCACCAGAAGAAGAUAAACCCGUCUGGAACAAUGAUUACAGUACUGAAGAAGCUAAUAGAGAAGAGGACGAAUUCUAUGGCGGAGCUGAUCUUGAAUAUGAAAAUCAAGAUGAAGCAGAAUAUAAUGAAUAUAUUAUUAGGUGA